GAGAAAUUAGUUGGGACUUUGGGUCCAUCUGCUUAUCAUGCAGCAUGUCCAGAGCAAACAAACUCGGCAAGUCUCCGCCGUGCUCUGCGGGGCAUCGUUAGGAUGCGGGGAGCAUCAAAUUCGACAUAGGCUCCGUUUCGGUCCCUAUUAAAUGACUUCGAGUGCAUGUGUUUCUUUGAGAUUGAGAUGGUCAAGAAUUCUUCAUUGCUCGUCCCAAUCGGCCAUCCCUUCAUCUUCCAACAGCUCAAGCGACAAAUUCAUAUCAACCCCUUGACUACAUCACCUGCCUAACUCCCCGUUGCGAGAACUGACUCUUCAGCCUUGAUCGAAUACUGAAGAUGAGCGCGGGCCGUAUCAUAAACGUAGUAGGCUGCCACGCGGAGGGUGAAGUCGGCGAUGUAAUCACCGGCGGCGUUCUAGAUGUGCCCGCGCCAAGCAUGUGGCACAAAUUACAGCACUUUCUGACGCAUAAGGACGACCUGCGUCAGCUACUAUUGAAUGAGCCAAGAGGCAGAUCGCCAAAGAACACGAACUUGAUCCUCCCGCCUUGCAAUCCCGAAGCCGCUGCAGGAUUCCUGAUUAUGGAAAGCGAAGAGUACGCGCCGAUGUCCGGAUCCAACACCAUCUGUACGGCUACGGUACUCUUGCAGACAGGAAUGAUCCCCAUGCAAGAACCAAUCACCAAAUUCUCUCUCGAUACGGCGGCUGGCCUCGUCAGCAUCACUGCGGAGUGCCAAGGUGGUAAAUGCAAAUCCGUGGCGUUUGAGAAUGUGCCCGCAUUCGUCGACCGGUUCGAUCUGCAGGUUGACGUCCCGGGGGUCGGUACCGUCUCCGCCGACAUUGUCUGGGGCGGAAUGUGGUACGCUAUUGUGGACGCGGCGUCGGUCGGGAUGGCCAUCGAACCGAGCAAGGGCGCGAAGCUCGUGGAGCUUGGCGAAAGGAUCAAAUCAGCUUUGAAAGCUGCCUACACACCUCAUCACCCGGAGAACUCAGAAAUCAAGGGCAUCUCGGUCCUCGAAUUUACGGAGCCGCUUCACCAAGACGCCGUUGGGAAAAUUGCCAAGAAUACUGUUGUGGUGUCUCCCGGGCGUCUUGAUCGUAGCCCGUGUGGUACCGGUACCAGUGCGCGCAUGGCUCUGCUGCAUGCCAAGGGCCAGCUCGCAGUUGGCGAAUACUUCAAGCACACUAGUGUCAUUGACACAGCGUUCGAGUGCUGCAUCUCCCGGACUGUAAAAGUCGGAGAUAUCGAUGCUAUCGUACCGACUAUCAAGGGAAGAGCAUGGAUUACUAGCUACAAGCAGGUCAUUUUGGAUGCUGAAGACCCUUUUCCUACCGGAUUCAGAGUGGGGGACCAAUGGCAUGUCCCUAAUAACGAGUCCUAGGGUAGGUUGUCAUAGCUGAGCCACCGAAGCGAAAACAUCUGGACUUUCUGAGUCAGCUAUAGAGAGAGGAAUAGAAUGAGUCCAAUCUACCCUUGGCAGAGCUUCCACACGUGAGUCCUAGUCUUGUGUCCCUUGUUGCUAGCUUCUAAUAGCCCCGGCCCCGCCACCGGGUGUAUGUUCCUUGAUGAUUGCGGCGGCAGAGGUUGAGACUGAAAUUGAGAGUCCGUGUCCCGAGACUGUCAAGCAACGUGUGGGUUUAUGAAUAAAGAAUAGACU